AUGGGGGACCGCUUCAAUGACCCAGAUGAUCCUAUGUUCCUGCGGAAGCGUAGGCCGCGACCCGUGACCGACUACGGAUCAUCAAUGGUGCAAUGGACCACAAACCGCAAGCCAGCCUACAGAGGAACAUCGCAUUACGAACAGGAGAGACCGUCACUCAGCUAUGUCCUGGACGUGCUUCCGCCCAUCGCACGUCGAGAUAGCCCGGCUGAAUCAAUACCUGUCCGGCAUCUUCACACAUCACUUGGCAAGUCCAAGAAACCUGUGACAAUUGUACGGUGGAUGCCGGAUGGACGACGUCUACUAGCUGGCGUCCACAAUGGCGAAUUCAUGCUCUGGAAUGGCAUGUCCUUCAAUUUUGAGACAGUCACUGCUAUGGGCAGCUCCUCCCUCAGAGCAGCAGAAUGGUCGAACCGAAAGGACUGGCUGAUCGCCGCCAACGAUGAAGGCACCGUCUACUAUCUUCAACCCACUCUCAACAAUCCACAUCAGUUCAAAGCACAUGAAGCUCCGAUCCGAGAUCUCGCCUUCUCUCCAACCGAUACCAAAUUCGUCACAGCCUCCGAUGACAAUAAUCUCAAAGUCUGGGACUUUCACACUUCCCAGAUGGAGUCUACCUACACAGACCACGGCUGGGACGUCAAAGCCUGUGACUGGCAUCCAACAAAAGGCCUCGUAGUCUCUGGAUCCAAGGAUCACAGUGUCCGUCUCUGGGAUCCACGCACCUCACGGAACCUCACGACACUACACGGCCACAAGAACGCCAUCACCGCAACUUGCUUUUCACGCGUACAGGACCAGCUGCUCGCCACCAGUGCUCGUGAUGGGCAAACGCGAAUUUUCGACCUUCGCCUCAUGCGCGACGUUGCCAUUUUGCGUGGACACGAGAAAGGCGUCACCACAAUGGCAUGGCACCCCAUCCACGCGUCCCUCCUCUCGACUGGCGGCGAAGACGGUGCUCUACACACAUACCUCCUCACUGAACCAAACACGCCCGCCGGCAUCUCCACCGCGACCGUAUCACCAUACGCAACACCAGAACCAAAAUCCGCCCCUGCACAGUCGAUCUACCCUGCCCAUCGCAUCACCUACGCCCACGAAUCCGCCAUCUGGUCCAACGACCACUUCACACGCUUCUGGUCUCGCUCCCUGCCAGGUCAGACGGACUGCUUCAAGGACCAGUACCAUCUCGGCGAGGAAGGUGCAGAAGCACAGGGCACAUGGGACAGAAAACAUGGCAGCAAAGCACGUCGCGAAGCUGAGAUGCAAGAAGAGGAGGACGAAAGAGAAGUUGAGCAGGACCAAGCGCAACAACAACAGGGCAACCUGCCUGGCUUGCCAGGAAUGAGCAUGCCCGGGCUCGGCAACCUUCCCGUACCACCGCCAUCUGCUGCAGGUGCUGCAGGGCGCCUCCCAGUUCCGCUGCCCAAUUUUCCAGGUGGUAUGCCGGGCUCGAGCGAUGCCAUUGCGCAACUGAUCCAGAGCGCGCAACAACCUGGUGGUAUAGCAGGUCUCCCCCAUGACAUCUCGCUUCCUCCACCGCCACCUCACAUGUCGGGCAUCGACUUCUCCAAGAUCCAAUUCCCGCCUGGCUUUCCUCAGCCGCCCAGCGUGGGCAACUUUGCGCCAGGACAGGCCCCGCCGCCACCACCCGGCAUCUCUGGGAUGCCUGCUGGAUUCCCUGGCGCUGCACCGCCGGGCUUGCCAGGUCUGGACACGAGUGGGAUGGGAGGACUGCCUGGUAUCCCUGGGUUGCCGGUACCCCCACCAGGGAUGAGCAAUGGCGCUGGGAGCGCGGGCAGGAGAGCCAGGGCCCCGCUGCCUAGUCAGAGUGAUAUGCUCAAGGCGGAGCAGGCGAGGGGCAAUUUUCGACAUGCGAAGUAG